AUGGGGGAGAUCAAACUGAGGCUAUCUGAAGAACACGAGCGCAUAGAGCUGUCUGUUCCAUUACCUAAUAUUGGCCAGCCAUGUUUUAAUCUUGGCCAGCCAUUACCUAAUAUUGGCCAGCCAUUACCUAAUAUUGGCCAGCCAUUACCUAAUAUUGGCCAGCCAUUACCUAAUAUUGACCAGCCAUUACCUAAUAUUGGCCAGCCAUUACCUAAUAUUGGCCAGCCAUUACCUAAUAUUGGCCAGCCAUUACCUAAUAUUGGCCAGCCAUCACUUAAUAUUGGCCAGCCAUCACCUAAUAUUGGCCAGCCAUCACCUAAUAUUGGCCAGCCAUUACCUAAUAUUGUCCAGCCAUCACUUAAUAUUGGCCAGCCAUCACCUAAUAUUGGCCAGCCAUUACCUAAUAUUGGCCAGCCAUUACCUAAUAUUGGCCAGCCCUUACCUAAUAUUGACCAGCCAUUACCUAAUAUUGGCCAGCCAUUACCUAAUAUUGGCCAGCCAUUACCUAAUAUUGGCCAGCCAUGUCCAAAUAUUGGCCAGCCAUGUCUAAAUAUUGGCCAGCCAUUACCUAAUAUUGGCCAGCCAUUACCCAAUAUUGGCCAGCCAUUACUUAAUAUUGGCCAGCCAUUACCUAAUAUUGGCCAGCCAUCACUUAAUAUUGGCCAGCCAUCACCUAAUAUUGGCCAGCCAUCACCUAAUAUUGGCCAGCCAUUACCUAAUAUUGUCCAGCCAUCACUUAAUAUUGGCCAGCCAUCACCUAAUAUUGGCCAGCCAUCACCUAAUAUUGGCCAGCCAUUACCUAAUAUUGGCCAGCCAUUACCCAAUAUUGGCCAGCCAUUACUUAAUAUUGGCCAGCCAUUACCUAAUAUUGGCCAGCCAUUACCUAAUAUUGGCCAGCCAUUACCUAAUAUUGGCCAGCCGUGUCCCAAUGUGUUCAGUCAAGUCUUAUAA